AAACGCACACACACACACAUACGCAACGAGCAGAAGAGGAAGAAGAAGAACGAAAGGCAGCAACAGCAAUGUUUGAGGGAGUGAAAAAUUAAACAAAAGUCCACGGAUUUUAGCAGCAAAAACUCAACGGCGUUUCAAAACCAAAUCACCAAGAUUUCGAGCCAACGCAGACUGCUCCAAAAGCUCACCAUGGAUCGAGUUACCAAGCCGCAGAAGAAGAUGCUCAUCACACUGCUGCGGGAAACCAAGUACAUGGAGGGCAAAAAGGAGAAGGAAUGGUACUGGGAGAAGAUCCAAGCGGCCCUGAACACCAUUGGUCCCAAGAAAACGAUAAUUCAGUGGAAAAAGUGCUGGCGCGACAUGCGACUGACCACAAGGAAAAAGCUGGCGGAACUGAAGCGCUGUCAACUCUCUGGAGGAUCUCCACCACCGGGUAUCGAACUGAACCAGGAGGACAACGACAUCAUCGACAUUGUGGGCACCGAGUACUUCUACGAGGAGAUGAAUGGUGAACUAAAGGCGGAGAACUUCCUGACCGGCUUAGACUACGCGCCGGAGCAUCUGUGCGAUGCCAUUCUUACGGCGGCAGUGGGCCAUCACCAGCACAAUAUGCAGCACCAGAAGGAUCCGCAAGCGCAUGCAGGGCAACAGCAGCAGCCGGAUCAUCACACCAACGAUGGCGAAACCAAUGAUGCACCUGGAUCAAGCAAUGGUGGCUCAUAUCAGGGACACCCAGUACCCCAGUUACAGGCGCAUAAUGGCAGUGGUGGAGGAGGCGAGCAUGGCGGCGGUGGUCAGUCCGGGAUGCUCCAGCACCCUGCUUUUCAUGGUGGCUUGCAUCCACACCUGUUGAGGCGGCAGCAUGGUGGUGGAUCACUCUCCAGGGAGUCGCCCUUUGAGGAGAAGCUUCUGCAGUUCAUGCAGGAUGCCUUUCCAAAAAAGAGCAAGAAGCGCAAGAACCGGGAUCCGGACAAGCUGUUCCUCUUAUCCCUGUACGAGGAGAUCAAGAGAGUUCCCGAGGAGAUACGCCUUGAUGUGAAGUCCGAACUAAUGCAGAUACUGAAGAAGUACCAGAAGAAGUCCCCUGUCAAAGCGGAGAAGCCGGCGCCCUCCUCCACGUCAACCUCCUCAAAGCUCAGCUCUAGCAGUAGUGGCAGUAGCACGGUGACUACCCACUUGUCCCACAGCAUGUACCAGUUGCAAAAGAAAUACGAAAAGGGCGAGCGUGAACCAUCGCCUCAAUCACAGGUAGAGCGAGUAGCGUCUGCAGGGGCAGUUGCUGUGCCCAUCCAUGCCUCCCAGCAGCUGCCUCUUUUCCAGCUUCAGAAGAAGUACGAGGAGAACACCGUGGAGAAGGUUCAUCAGCAGCAACAGCAGCAGCAGCAGAGCGAGCAACGCAAGCAUGUGGAGGCCGCUCAGGCCCAUCAUGCUGCCCACCAGCAACCGCCUCCACCGCCACCCAAUGAGCACCUACACCACCCCCAAAUGACCCACAACAUCAUGUUCCCGUUGGGACAACUUCGCAACGAACAGCAGCCCGCACAGCAACACCAGCAUGCCCACAACCCCCACCAGCAACAGCAUCCCCACCAGCAGCAGCAACAGGGACAGCAGCACCAUCCGCCCACGAUCUUCGGUUCUACCGCCAGCGAACGGCCACCAAUGUCCUACGAAAAUGUCGGAUGAGUCCUGAGCCGUCUGUGGGAAGCCACUUGUGGAGCACCACGCCCUGCGACGGUGUCCCCCACGACGGCAGACGCGCACAACUGUUAGCCCUCGACUUAGACAGCAAUUCGUAGGUCUUACCCUUAUGCUAGCCUAUACCUAAGUACACAUUGCUCACUACAAACAUGUUCAUAAGUCAGAAAUGGUGCAGUCUAUGACAAAGAUACUCCUAAAGGAUUCGAAACAAGAUGUUCGUGAUUUAUGCAUUUUGUGGUGAGUGCAUGUCGUGAUCCUCAUGUAAAUGUUCCCGUGGCAAUAACAGCGCAGCUGAACUGUGACACAAGUUCUCAAUAGAUCGCGACGCAUACAUUUUUCGGUGUAAAUACAAAUAUGAUUGUAUCUUUAA